ACUUAUAUCAUAAUCAUGUCUUCACUAAAUGUAAUCACAUCUUGUCACAGUUGUGGCAGGAGUGAUGACAGGAACAGUACGGCCGAAGGGUCUGAGUCACUCACGGUCGCCUUACACCACAACACUGCUCAACACUCCACCACAAUGUUCAAGAAACCCAAUCCCAAAGAGCAAAUGAAGGCCAAUGAACGGCAGCUACGCAGAGUUGGCCGAGAUGUGGAACGAGAUAGAAGAGAACUGGAAAGGGAAGAGAAAAAAUUAGAAAAUGAUAUAAAAAGACUGGCAAAAUCUCCAGGCAAUAAAGAAGCUGUGGCAGUCCUUGCCAAACAGCUUGUUAACAUCAGAAAGCAGAAAGCAAGAACCUAUGCUGCAAAUAGCAGGAUAUCAUCUGUGGCAGCUCAACAAAAGGGCAUGCAAGCAAAUGUCAAAUUGGCAGGUGCUAUGGGUACAGCCACAAAGACCAUGGUUAACAUGAACAAGAUCAUGAAGCCAGAGGAUAUUGCCAAGAAUAUGAGAGACUUUGAGCAGGCUUCUGCAAAAUUGGAUAUGACAGAUGAACUUAUGAAUGAUACCCUUGAUGACAUACUAAAUGAGAGUGGAGAUGAAGAAGAAAGUGAUGCCAUUGUGAAUCAGGUUUUGGAUGAAAUUGGCAUUGAAAUUGGAUCAAAGGUGGCAGGAGCUCCAUCAGUAAGGACAGAUGCAUUAGGGGAUGCAAGUAAAUCCAGAGUCCUCUCAGAAGAUGAACUAGAACAAUCCCUUGCAAAGUUGAGAGCCACAUAAUUGUUAUCUGAGUGUGCUGUUCUUCUCAUGGAACUUUCCUUAUACUACGUUUUACAUUUUAAAGAAAGAUGUACAGCAGAUUUAUCUAUUUGCCAUGUCGUCUUUUUCACAGGUAACAGCCAUUCAUGGAGGAAGUUAUCUUGUAAAUACAUGAAAUAUUUUAAAGUGUACUUACACCAACUUGUAUGUAAUAUACCUCGCUUUUCUAAUAUUUCUGCAAAAGAAUUUGUGAAAUUAUUGAAUCAUUUUAUUUAUUAUAGUGUGAGUUUUGUGUAAUGAUAAAAGGAAAAUUUGUACAUGAUGUUGGGUUUUGAGAAAUUUAUUUAUAUACUAUGUAUAAAAAAGAAUAUAUAAUUUAUGUAAGCUUUGCCAUCUUUGGCCUGGGUUUUCCAUUGACUUUAAAGUAUUGUGAGCUUGCUGCAAUAUAGAUGAUCAAAUUGAAUAAAAUAUACAUUUUUCUU